UUAUUUUGUGAUAAUUAAAAAAAAAUGUCGAUUAACAUUCCAAAAAAUGUCAAUUUAAUUGAUUUAAAUAGUCCUAUUUUAAAACAUCAGUUAAUAAAACCGUUAAUGCCGGAAUCAAAAUUAGUGUUUCCCUUGGAGUCGGCAAGAGAUAGUUUAGACAAUAAUCCAUUUGAUCAAGUUUUUAAAGAAGCUAUCAAAUUCGAUAAUGAACCGGAUCCUUUUGAAAUAGUUGAAGAAAAGGUGAAACAAUAUGAAAAUAUUCAAAUUGAAAUAAAUAGAGAUGAUGAUGCGGAUUCGUCUUUAGGUAUUUUAGACGAUUUAGAUGAUAGUUUAAACACAUUAGAGAAAGAAAUUACAACACCGAAUAGAAUAGAAACUUCAGGAGUAUUAAACGCUUCCACCGAGCAAGAAAUUCGGGAAACAAUUGCAGAACGAGUGAAUCGAUGUAUCGAGCAAGCUUCACCAUCACAUAGAAGUAAUUUAUCGUUGAAUUUAAAUUUAAGACGUUCAUAUUCGAAUAGUUAUCUAGGUAUAUCGAAUCAAUUAAGCUCGAUUUCGGGUGGAGAUGCGUGUUCAUCGUUAAAUCGUGCUGGUUUCCUAAAUACAGCUUCAACGUUUGAAGAAUUUAUUUCGGAACAACGUUUAGAAAACGAUUUUGAUAAAGCAUUUCAUGAACAAUUACAACGGCGUCCAUCAUAUAAUUAUCAAAGUUCAUCGGCGUGUGUGAUUCCGCUGGCUGGAAGACAAUCAUUAAGUGCACGUAAACCAUAUAAAAAUGAAUUACCAACAUUAGAACAUUUUCGUUUAAAGAAUUACAAUUUUAAAGAACGAUUAAAAUCAUUUGAUAAUUUGGAUAAUGAAGAUAGUCCUAAAAAUAAGGAUGAUUCGAAUGAUUCUGUAUUUUUUGAACCUAGGAAAUUAGUCGAUGCGUUUUCGAAGUAUAGUGAUGGUUCAUUUAAUUUAAAUGUAAAUGGUCGAAGUUCUCCCUGCGAAUCAAUUAAAGAAGAAGUGAUUAACGAUUGUGAUAAUAAUUUAAAUAAAGACUUAAAUGAAAUAGAUGAAAAUGAAAAUCAAGAAAAAAAUAUUAACUUCAAUAAUAAUUCCAUUACAAAAAUUCAAAAAACCAAUAAAAAAUUGAAUCAAUCAAAAAAAUGGAAGAAAGAAACUAUACAAGUUUUAGAAACGAUUUUGCAAGCUUUAAAAACCGAAAGCGAUACCGAUGAUAACAACGAAGACUACUUAACUAACAUAGCUAAAAUAAUUACCGAUAAACAGACACAGCAUAAUGAAAAUGUGAACCAUCAAGAAGAAAAUUUAGAUAGUACAGCUUCAUGUGAUUCUAGUGAUGAUUUUGUUGAAGUAAAACCUCAACCUCAAGAAGUAAUUCAACCAAAACCAUCAAAAAUGCGUAAAUCUUAUUCAUUCACAAAUUGCCAGCCACAAAAAUUAAAUUUGGAAGCAACAAAACCAGUAAUAAAAACUCAAAAAAUUGAAAUUAAUACUCAACAACAAUUGAAGAAUUUACGUCCAAAAAAUUCGACUUCAGAUAUAGGGAAAAAAGGACCAUUAAAAGCUGUCAUUCCUAUAAUUGAUAUUAUGACCAAAGACGCAGUAGUGAAAAAUUCAAAACCAACGGUAAAAAAUACAUCCAUAGUUGUAAAAUCAAAUAAAAUGAUUUCAAGUACCCCCAAAACUGAAUCAAAAACUAAACCUAUUGCUCAAUCAACCCCCACCAAUACAACAAACUCAAAAUUGAAAUCACGUAAAUCCGUCGGUAUAUCACCCAUUUCCAGGUAUUCGCAAUCAAAUAAUCGUAAAAGUAACAACGAUAAUACAUUAAAUUCAACGUUUUCACCACCGACACCAAUCGAUAACGUCAAGACUGGUCCAAAAUUAGCUAAAAGAUUAACAUCAAUUCAUAGUUCUAGUACAUUAGGUAAAAUGACUCCACGAACAUCUUCACAACUUUUAACGCGACAUAAAUCUGCGAGUGAGUUAAAAGUAUCAUUCGAUAAGAAAGUUAUGGAAAAAACGACUGGUGCUAAAAGUAAAAUAACUGCUUUGCGGCCAUUAAAUCAUGUUAUUUCGAAAGUGCAUCGUACUUCGUCAGUUCCUGGGAAAGAAAAUAUUCGGAAUUAAAAUACUCUGUUUUUAAUUGUUU